CCCAUUAAUCGUUUUAAAUUUAAAUUUCGAUGUUUCAGACCCGAUUUCUUUCGUUGGCUAUUUUGGGAGGGCAACGCGUUUCACUAAGAAUGGAUAGUCGCAAACCUCUAUCUAACAUAUCGAAUAAUGUAUGUUGUAGAAGUGUUAUUGUAGGGGAAACAUUUCCUUCAUCAAAAGACGGCAUAUUCUGUGGUAAGAAUGAAGGAACAUUGUGCGUUGAUGAAGAAUAUGAAUCCUUAUACAAUUCUCAAAGUUGCAGAAACCAUGACAAGAAACAAACAGAAUUUGAGAUGGAUAAUGAAGAAUAUGGAAGAGUGACUCACUAUUUGAAACUUGUUGUUGGAGCCAAAUCAAAUGCUGAUGUCGUCGAAGGAGGAAGCUUAAAUAGAACAACCAGCCAAUUCAGUUGGCCAAAUUCAGUGAUUUCCAAGUCGAAAAGAAAAAAAACUUUAAAAAGGCGAACUACUGACGGAAAGCAAAUUCUAUACAAGGCAUAUGAAAAGCCAAACACACUAAUGAUUCCCGAAGGGUUUACUACCUGGAGACAUUUUGUAUAAUUUUCCCUGUCUGGAAACUACAGACAUCUCAUAUCGAUAUGAUUGUAUUGUUGUAAAAGCUUCCAGAGCAUUUAAAACUAUCCUUAAUUCUUGAUUAUAGGACAAGAUUCAGAGAUUUACGUGCACGGCAUCCUAACUUUGUUUGUUGCAAAAGACCAAGGCCUUCAUUCAUUAUUUCUAUGGACUUUAAGGAUGGAACCUCGUGAUUUGCUUUCUUUGAAUCUUGACAAUAUUUAUUCCCUAAGAUUUGCAGACAAUAAGGGUCAUGAGUAUAUCUCUUCAAUAGAAUCAAGUUACAGUGUAUGAUGUAUGUACUAGAGUAACUUAUCUUUGUUUGGUUUGUAUGUGGCAUCAAGUACAUCCUUCAAAGCUUGAUACAGUCCACAGAUUUUCCACUCAAAGUGACUUUUUUCCUUUGAUCAUCACCAGAAUAAGAAAUCAUUUCUUUUGCGUUAUUGCGAAAGGAAAAUGCCAAGUCCAACAAUAAAAACUAAUGCUAUUUA